UCCAAAUCCUAGAGGCCAUUGUUCGUUCUUGGGUUUUUCUUCGGAGAAAUACCGGAUAAGACUUCACUCUCUUCGCAGCCUCUCCCUUCUUUCUCUCUCUCUCUCUCUCCCCCCCUCUCCCGCGCCCAAAUGCGAUCUACGCCCAUAAAUCUCACUUCUUGAAAAGUGAAAAACCCUAACCCUAAUCAUUAAAACCCCAAAUGGCGGCCAUCGCCUCUGUAUCCUUCGCCUAUCUCGGGCACUCAUCUGAUCGGAGAUUCUCUUCCUCUGCUGCUCGAUUCGUGGGGCCCACUGGAUUCGGUGGCUUCAGGACCAAAGCUCGUAAUUUGAGUGCUCGACUGAUCGUUCGCUGUUCUGUAGGCACAAGUGGUGUCCCGCCUGCGGUGUCCGAGACAAAAAUGAAAUUUCUCAAGUCCUACAAACGGCCCAUCCCAAGCAUAUACAAUACAGUAUUGCAGGAGCUUCUUGUUCAGCAACAUCUGUUGAGGUACAAAAGAACUUAUCAGUAUGAUGCCAUUUUUGCACUUGGCUUCGUCACUGUCUAUGAACAGUUAAUGGAAGGCUAUCCAAGCGAUGAAGAUCAGGAUGCUAUUUUCAGAGCCUACAUUGAGGCUCUAAAUGAGGAUCCUGAAACAUACAGAAGUGAUGCAAGGAAACUGGAAGAGUGGGCCCGUGCUCAAAAUGCAACCUCAUUAGUAGAUUUCUCAUCAAGGGACGGGGAAGUUGAAGAUAUCUUGAAGGACAUUGCUGAGAGGGCCCAGGGUAAGGGAAAUUUCAGCUACAGUCGGUUCUUCGCAAUAGGUCUGUUUCGUCUACUUGAGUUGGCAAAUGCGACGGAACCUACCAUUUUAGAAAAGCUUUGUGCAGCCCUAAACAUAAACAAGCCAAGUGUGGAUAGAGACCUUGACGUAUAUCGCGGCCUUCUAUCAAAACUGGUUCAAGCAAAGGAGCUCUUGAAGGAAUAUGUGGAUAGAGAGAAGAAAAAGAGGGAGGAGAGGGUUGGAUCUCAGAAAGCUAAUGAAGCCGUUACAAAGUGUUCAGGAGAUUUUCUAUAUUCAAGGCAUUAGCUCCAGCAAGGUAACUUCAAGACGUACCAAGUGCUUAUUUCAUGGAAUUUUAAUGGAGUUCCUUUACAUUCUUCGAGGCAAACUGUGACCUGUAAAGUACUCAUGCUAUAUAGCAGGUUAUGUUCCACAUAGUACUAUUUUGGAGUGUGAGCAUACAUGCAAGUCAUAAUUAUUUAGUUGCUUCGCUUUUCUCUUUUUUAUGUAAUUUUCUGUCAUUUUUGUUACCUGUAAAUGCAUGCGGAUCACUAUUCUCCAAAGUAAUGCAAAGUACAAUUUGUUAUG